AACGUGACCCAGAAGCGGAAAUGCUGCUGUUCUGCCCGGCUUGCGGGAACGUGCUGGUGGCCGAGGAAGGCGCGAGAUGCCACCGCUUCGCCUGCACCACCUGUCCCUACGUGCGCAACGUCACGCGCAAGGUGAGCAGCCGGAAGUACCCGAAGCUGAAGGAGGUGGAUGAUGUGCUGGGUGGUGCUGCAGCGUGGGAGAAUGUGGACUCCACGGCAGCCAUGCUCCAAGUUCAGAGAAGCCCAGUCUCACGGAGCUCAGAAAGGAGAGCUGUGUCGACUCAACUCUGCCUUCAGAUAGAUUUCAUGUCAAAGGAGCAAAAAAAACCAAACCAAUGGAUAAAAAGGCCGAGUGAGAGCUGCGAGAUUGUUUAAGCUGCAUCAGAAACAAGAAUUGUCAAAUGGAAGAUGUUGUAGAGACAAUUCAGUGCAAUUAUAAGAAUACCACACAUGUAUACUUCUUACUAUGCAUAACUGAUCUGCUGUUACACACCAACAGAAGCAGCCAAAGAGGGAAAAGAGGACAGAUUUUAUCAACUGUAGAUGAGAUUUCUGAGCAUGAUACGAUUUUGAUAAUGGGAGAUAUGAAUGCAAAGGUUGGUAGCAGGCAUGGUACACAAAUGAAUAAUGUUGGACCACACAGCAUUGUAACAGCAACUGAUAAUGCGUAAAGGUUAAGAACUUGCUAUGAGAUGCUCACAAGGUUACAUGGAGUUCAUCAAAUGGUCAAAUCAAAAACCAGAUUAAUCACAUCAUCACCAGUAAAAGGCACAGACCAUCACUGAUGAAUGUUAAAGUUUAUAGAAAUGCUAAGCGUGGCACUGGUCAUGAACUACUAAUGGGAAAGAUGAAGAUUAAGUUGAAGUCCAAGAAAGAGAGGGGUGAAACUGGAGCGAAAUUUGAUCUUGAUAAGUUAAAGGAUAGCUCUGUGAGGGAGGCAUAGAAAGUGAUGCUUGGAGGGCAUUUCAGGUCAUUAAUCUGUGAUGAUGAAGACAUCUCACUACAGACCAGAUAGGAAAUAUUCAAGGAAGUAAUAGAAAACAGUAGAGGAAGUUCAUGGGACGUUAUCGUACUACUGGCAGACGUAAAUUAAUUACUUUCCUCUUUGCUACCUUGAAACAUUGGUGUAGGCGAUUUGGAAUAAAUGCCAACACAACAAAGCGGCUGUAUCUUGGAAAAGAGAUAACAGAUAGAGUGUCGACAUACAAUGGUGGUGAAGUCAUAGAAAAAGGUAAAUCUUAAGUGUACCUAGGAAGCUUGGUCAGUGCCAAUGUUUCCAUCGAUGAUGAAGUUAAAAUUAUGUUGUUUUAGCUACAAGUGCUGCACAGAAAUUGAUAAAAUUAUGGGCUGAUAAAAACAUUACAUUUGGAACCAGAGUGAAAAUUUAUCAAACCAGUGUAUUAACAAAACUACUCUAUGGUCUGGAAGCAGCUGCAUUAAAAACAGGAGGCUGGAGGCAGCAGAGAUGAGAAUACUCUGAAAGGUGGGAGGUGUAAAGCUGAAUGCUUUUAAGACAAAUAAAGUUAGAAGGAAAGCAGAAUGGAAAAUCCAGGUACAGGACUGCAUGCAGCUGAAAAGAUUACAAUGGUAAGGACGCUGAAGAAGACAAACAGAUGAUACAGUGCCAAAGAAAAUAAUGCAAAACAACAAAGGCCAGUCUGACCGAAUAGGUGGAGGGACAUUGUACACAGGGACAUGACCAGGCUGGGUUUCAUGGAGGAACAAGCCAGGUAUAGGAAUGAAUGGUGAUGCUGUAUUGUUCCCUGUGUCUGCAAAGGUGCUUGGAGAUAAAAAGAUAUUUAUUCCAGGCAGAGCAGGUAGUGUCACCUAUUAAGAUUACCUGAUUUCCCAUCAUAAAACCCUUAUAGCUUUGCCAAACUUUAAGCUCAAGCUGAAUUGUUUUUUUUAAAGUUUCAGUCACAACUGCUCACCUGUUUCUGAAUGAAGUUAGGGAAAAAGGGAAAAAUGUUUUGUUAUGAUAAAAUUCUGGUGACCUUCAAUUUGAGAUGCUCUAGAGGCUUUGGCAUAGGGACUUGAAAUUCAGCAGGGAGUGGCCUCUUUGUCAGAGAGGUACCUUUUGCCAUGACCAUGAAAAUACACCCACAUUUGGCCAAGUUACAAGCCUUUGAAAAAUUUCAGUUUGCACAUGCUCAGUGGAGACUUGGGAGUUUCAUGACAGUUUUUUUAAGAUUCCAUACACUGAGUAUGCUCCAGCCUAGGGCUGAAGCGGCCAAGCAGGACUUUCCCUGCAAUUGCUGGUCCUAGCUACUAUGAGGUCAGGAUGGGGCACUGCAAUUGAAAGCAGGAAAACUCUCUCCUGUGGUCUCAAUGCUCCCCUGGCUGGCACCCAGGCUUGUGGAGAAGGAAGACACCUGACAGACACUAAUACAGAAGGAACAAAAGCCAGUGGUUGGGGUGGGGUGGGGUGGGGAGGAGAGCGGGACAAGGGAACAGGACAGGACCAAGGACUGGGAUUGCCUGGGCAGGGGGACAGGAGCCAGCAGGAAUACAGAGAUUGAGCAGGGAGACUGAGCAAGGAAUCAGACAUGGGGAGAAGAGGAGACAGAUCUAAUGACAAAAAAGGGGUAUGGGGAGAACUAUGUCUAGCUGGGGAAAUGGACAAGGAGCUAGGGACAGGGUAGACUGUGAGAAAGCUGGCCAGAAUGGAGGUGGGGAGACAAACUGGAUAAUCAGCCCAGAGAGGAAGACUGGGACUGGGAACCACUGGGGGCAUUGGAAAAGAGGGACUCAGACUGAGAGUGGAGAUGGGGAGAUUAGGACUGGGAUGAGAAACUUGAGGAGUGGAGACUUGCACUGCCUAACAAGGAGACAGGGAUGAGAAGGAGACAGGACUGGAACAGAGACAGGUUGGAGGAGAUGGGAUAGAAGGUGUCAUGUCUGAGGGGGAAUAGGCAGAAAUGUCUGAGUCCACUAAAGCACACUCCCGUCCAGUGUCUGCAAUCGAACCUAGUAUUCCUGAGUGUGAUCAUUCUUCUGCUGUCAGCAAACAUCUAUGAAACCCAUUGGCAAAGUGACCAACCCCUCCUCUAGUACUUGUUCACAGAGACUGACAACCUACUUCUGCUAUCAGUUAAUCUGUUAGCUCAGGUAGAAGAGGCCCAUGGAUUGGAACCUGGUUCCAGAUUCCAAUCCUGCUAAUGACCCAUGUGGGUGAGUCCAUAUGAUGCAACAUAACAGAAUUUGCUUUCUGUGUGUAGUACAUAUCAUCCCCCCCCCCCCCAAAUUCAGAAACAGAUGUCAGGAAGGUCUGUACCUAGUUUAAAGUAAAAGUUAAAGUGCCCUAGAACAUGACCCAGGCUACAGUAACUUUAAUGAGUAAGUCUGUGGAACUCAGAAGUGAUAUGGCGGGACCAAGAAUCCCUUCAUCCCAAACUCUGACUCCACUAUGAGUGGUGCACCUGCCUCUCCCUCAGGAUGUCACAGAUCACGUAGCAUUCCAGACUAACUUGAAGAGAGAUGCUGAAAGAGGGACACUGGAGAUCUGUAUUAAUACGUUGGAGGGGGACAAAAAAGCAGGAACCCAAGUAUGGUGGAAUGAAAUCCUUAACUUCACUUCAUAAGAAUUUAGAAA